AAAUCUCCCCAGCCAUAGGUACUCAACGAACACUGGUUACCCUAAGACUGUGCGAUCAACGAAUGAAUGAUAGGUAACAUGGCUUCCAGGGCAACCCCAUGGGUGGCGGUCAAGAGACUCCCGUCGAAGGCAGAGCUCCGGAGACUCCUACUACGGGGAGAAGCGACCAGACCGGAAUCCCAACACAUUCUGGCAUCCCGGCUCUCCGCGUGGGAGGGAAGAAGGGCGUGUCCGCCUCCUCAAGGCUGGGGCCGCGCCUGUUACCUGCGACGACUGGGCUCCAGACAAGGGACGGGUACGGCGUGUGUGGCGGCACUCCGAAGCUAUGUGAAGGGCCAGACCUAGAAUAGGAGCGCCAGAGGAGCGACCCUGGGGAUACUGCGGGAGGACUCGGCCAACAAAACGGUUAGCUCCCCAACCCCGCGCCCAGCGGACUGACCAAGGCAAGGGGAGUGAGCGCGCGUGCGCACUGGCGCGCGCCCGGCAGGAAAAAGCCCAGCGCGAGACCCCGCGCGCGCGCGCGCGUUCGAAAGGAGAAAAAAAAGUCUUCCCCGCGGGGGCCCGCGGCAAUUUAGGCCGGAGUUGGCCGGCGAGCGCGCGUGCGCGAGCGCGCAUAGAAGCCUUUCUCCACAGCUCCCCUCGGUUGGGGGUCUAGCGCUGUGUUCCGCUGCUCCCGCUUCUCCAGAGGCUCGCGCCCUCGGGAGCAAGGAACGCAGUCAACGGGUUGGAGUCUACAGAAGACACACCUCCAUCCCUCACGCCCCUCGGGGCUGCGGAAGUACUCUGGAGACUCGAGCGGCACGGAGGCGACAGGUGGACUACCAUUCCCAGAAGGCGGCGCGGCGCCGCGCCUACUGCUCCCGGCAGCAGCUGCGCGUCAGGCUUUUUUCAGUUUGCGGCCGCCUAGGGCGAAACUACAGUUCCCAGGAGGCCUCGCGCGAAGCGGCUUGGAAGUGGGCAGCCUGGAAGUCACUCGGGCCACUGGAGCUGGCGGCGUCUCCAGCAAGCGGCGCGGAUCUGGACGCCGCGGUCGUGGGGCCCGCGGGGCGGGCAGCCGGGACACCCAGAUGCACAGUCUUUGACCUCAGCUCUCCUGGGACCCAUAAGGAGCGCUAGUGUCCAGAACAUACCAAGGCAUGGCAGGGAAGGCCCCCCUGCAGCCCGCCGGCCCUCACACAUAACUGCUGCUCCCUCUGCCCUGCUGACCCACUCAAGUCUGGAGGCCCCGGGACAGCGCCUGCCUCGAGAGGUUGUCCAGGCACUGCUGUCCACAGCGAUGGUGGAGAAUUGGACUCCACAGGCUCACAACCUUCCCGUCAGGCUUCAGGGGCCAGCAGCCUUCAUCCUAGGACUGGUGGCCCUGAACAAUGGCUGAGGGCCAGGGGACCCCAUAAAGUUAGUCUACAGCUUUCAGGGGCCAGCAGCACUCCAGUGCCCGUGGACUAUGACCACCUAUCGGCCCAUCCCCAGUGAUGGUGUGGACCUGGCAGCCGCCUGCGGGGCCAGGGCGGCCGAUGUCCUGCCCGGGCCGCACACCGGGGACUACGCUCCCUUGGGAUUCUGGGUGCAGAACGGCAGCGUGCCCCAGCCCGUGGGCGAGAGCACGGUCAGCGCCGCCACCCGCCCCAGCCCCACCACCCCCGCCAUGCCCAAGAUGGGCGUGCGCGCCCGGGUGGCCGACUGGCCGCCCAAGCGGGAGGCCCUGAGAGAACAGAACAACCCCAGCCCCUCCCUGGACGCAGAUGGCACGAAGGCCACGAAGGCGGCCCAUGCCAUGAGGAGCGUACAACAGAACGGACAGCCCCCCGCCGGUACCCCUACCCCGGCUUCCUCAGGGUCCAAAGCCUUGCACCGACUCGCCAGGAGGCGGUCUAAGGAUGUGGAGUUCCAGGAUGGGUGGCCCCGGUCCCCCGGCCGGGCCUUCCUCCCGCUGCGGAACCGCAGCAGCAGCGAGAUCACCCUCAGCGAGUGCGACGUGGAGGACACUGCGGAGCCCCGGGCGGCCCGCCACACGGGGGCGCUGCCGCUCUUCCGCGAGUACGGAAGCACGUCCUCCAUCGACGUGCAGGGCGUGCCCGAGCAGAGCUUCUUCGACAUCCUCAACGAGUUCCGCAGCGAGCAGCCUGAGGCCCGGGGCACGCCGAGCCUCACCGAGCUCCUGCGGGCCGAUCCCGGUCCCCACGUCUCGGGGGGCGGCGGCGGCGCAGCCAAGGGGGAGGCCCGCAACGGGCAGCCCGCCAAGGACAGCCUGCUGCCGCUGCAGCCCCUGAAGGAGAAGGAGAAGGCCCGUAAGAAGCCCGCGCGGGGCCUGGGCGGCGGGGACCAGGUGGACUCGUCCAUCUUCCGGAAGCUGCGGAGCAGCAGAGCCGACGGCGAAGCGGCCCGGUGCUCCGGGGAGGCCGAGGACGGCCGGAGCCCCCCGGAGGCCAGCCGACCGUGGGUCUGCCAGAAGAGCUUCGCCCAUUUCGACGUGCAGAGCAUGCUGUUCGACCUCAACGAGGCGGCGGCCAACCGGGCGUCCACGGCCCAGCGGCGGAACACGACCACCGGGGCCUCGGCCGCCUCGGCCAUGGCGUCCCUGACGGCAUCGCGGGCCCACAGCCUUGGUGGCCUGGACCCCGCCUUCACCAGCACGGAGGACCUGAACUGCAAGGAGAACCUGGAGCAAGACCUGGGCGACGACACCAGCAACGACCUGCUACUCAGCUGCCCGCACUUCCGCAAUGAGAUCGGUGGCGAGUGCGAGCGCAACGUGAGCUUUUCGCGGGCGGCCGCCGGCUCCCCAGGUGGAGGCGGGGGCAGCGGCGAGGUCCGCCCGCCAGAGCCCACCCUGAGCGCCUACCGCACCAACGCCAGCAUUUCGGUGCUGGAGGUGCCCAAGGAGCAGCAGAGGACGCAGAGUCGCCCGCGGCAGUACAGCAUCGAGCACGUGGACCUGGGCGCCCGCUACUACCAGGACUACUUCGUGGGCAAAGAGCACGCCAAUUACUUCGGGGUGGAUGAGAAGCUGGGGCCAGUGGCCGUGAGCAUCAAGCGAGAGAAGCUGGAGGACCACAAGGACCACGGGCCUCAGUACCAGUACAGGAUCAUCUUCCGGACCCGAGAGCUCACCACCUUGAGGGGCUCCAUCCUGGAGGACGCCACACCCACCGCCAUGAAGCAUGGCACCGGGCGGGGCCUGCCCCUGCGGGACGCCCUGGAGUAUGUCAUCCCUGAACUCAACAUCCACUGCCUGCGCCUGGCUCUCAACACUCCCAAGGUGACGGAGCAGCUGCUGAAGCUCGACGAGCAAGGGCUCUGCCGGAAGCACAAAGUGGGCAUCCUCUACUGCAAGGCCGGCCAGAGCUCGGAAGAGGAGAUGUACAACAACGAGGAAGCCGGCCCGGCCUUUGAAGAGUUCCUCUCCCUCAUCGGGGAGAAGGUCUGCCUGAAGGGCUUCACCAAGUACGCCGCCCAGCUGGACGUCAAGACCGACUCCACAGGAACCCACUCCCUCUACACGACGUACCAGGACUACGAGAUCAUGUUCCACGUCUCCACCCUGCUCCCGUACACCCCCAACAACAGGCAGCAGCUGCUGAGGAAGAGGCACAUAGGCAACGACAUCGUGACCAUCAUCUUCCAGGAGCCCGGGGCGCUGCCGUUCACCCCCAAGAACAUCCGCUCCCACUUUCAGCAUGUCUUCAUCAUUGUCCGGGCCCACAACCCCUGCACUGAUAACGUCUGCUACAGUAUGGCAGUGACCCGAUCCAAAGACGCUCCUCCUUUCGGCCCCCCGAUCCCCAGCGGAACCACAUUCCGAAAAUCUGACGUCUUCAGAGACUUCUUGCUGGCCAAGGUGAUUAAUGCCGAGAACGCUGCGCACAAGUCUGACAAGUUCCACACCAUGGCCACCAGGACCCGCCAGGAGUACCUCAAGGACUUGGCGGAAAACUGUGUCUCCAACACACCCAUUGACUCCACCGGCAAGUUCAACCUCAUCUCCCUGACCUCCAAGAAGAAGGAGAAGACAAAAGCCCGGGCAGGUGCCGAGCAGCACAGCGCCGGGGCCAUCGCCUGGAGGGUGGCGGCUGAGGACUACGCGCAGGGGGUAGAGAUAGACUGCAUUUUGGGAAUUUCCAACGAGUUUGUGGUGCUGCUAGACUUACGCACCAAGGAAGUGGUGUUCAACUGCUACUCUGGGGAUGUCAUCGGCUGGACCCCAGACUCCUCGACAAUCAAAAUCUUCUACGGGCGAGGGGACCACAUCUUCCUCAAGGCCUCUGAGGGUUCUGUGGAGGACAUAAGAGAAAUUGUCCAGAGACUGAAGGUGAUGACCAACGGCUGGGAGACAGUGGACAUGACCCUGCGGCGGAACGGGCUGGGGCAGCUGGGCUUCCACGUGAAGUAUGACGGCACCGUGGCCGAGGUGGAGGAUUAUGGGUUUGCCUGGCAGGCCGGCCUACGGCAGGGCAGCCGGCUGGUGGAGAUCUGCAAGGUGGCCGUGGUCACACUGACCCACGACCAGAUGAUCGACCUGCUACGCACCUCCGUCACCGUCAAGGUGGUCAUCAUCCCUCCUUUCGACGACGGCACACCCCGGAGGGGGUGGCCAGAAACAUAUGAUAUGAAUACCUCGGAGCCCAAGACCGAGCCGGAGGGCCUGGCCCCAGGGGGCAGGCCCCCCUACCGCAGCAAUGCUCCCUGGCAGUGGAGUGGGCCCGCGUCCCACAACUCUCUCCCGGCCUCCAAGUGGGCUGCCCCCGCCACCCCCGGACACGCCCAGUCCCUGAGCCGGCCCCCGAAGCAGACCCCCAUGGUCCCCUUCCGGGAGUCCCAGCCCCUGCACAGCAAGAGGCCCGUCAGCUUCCCUGAAACCCCUUACACAGCGUCACCAGCAGGGGUCGACAAAGUCCCUCCCUACCGACAGCCUUCUGGGAGCUUCUCCACCCCCGGCUCAGCCACCUACGCGAGAUACAAGCCAUCCCCAGAAAGGUACACGGCCGCCCCACACCCGCUGCUGUCUUUCGAUCCCCACUUCAGCCACGACGGGACAUCCAGCGGCGACUCCUCGUCAGGCGGCCUGACCAGCCAGGAGAGCACCAUGGAGCGUCAGAAGCCAGAGCCUUUGUGGCAUGUGCCCGCCCAGGCCCGGCUCUCAGCCAUGGCUGGAAGCAACGGGAGCAAGCACGCCUCCAGGCAGGACGCAGCAGGCAAAGAUUCCCCCAACAGGCAUUCCAAGGGGGAGCCCCAGUACUCCAGUCAUUCCAGCAGCAAUACCCUCUCCAGCAACGCUUCCAGCAGCCACAGCGAUGACCGUUGGUUUGACCCUCUGGACCCCCUGGAGCCGGAGCAAGACCCUCUCUCCAAGGGUGGCUCUAGCGACAGUGGCAUCGACACCACCCUCUACACCUCCAGCCCCAGCUGCAUGUCCCUGGCCAAAACACCUCGACCGGCCAAGCCGCACAAGCCCCCGGGAAGCAUGGGCCUCUGCGGGGGUGGGCGCGAGGCCACCGGGCGGUCUCACCAUGCAGACCGGCGGCGGGAGGUCUCGCCCGCCCCGGGCAUCACUGGACAGAACAAGGGCUACCGACCGAAGCUGUACUCCUCAGGCUCCAGCACCCCGACGGGCCUGGCCGGGGGCAGCCGUGACCCAUCCAGGCAGUCCAGCGACAUGAGCUCACGGGCCGGCUACCCCGCUCAGGUUCACAAGACAGCCAGCACCGAGAGCCCGCGGCCCUCACAGCUGGCCCAGCCCAGCGCCUUCCAGCUCUCCACCUCUGUCCCCAAGUCCUUCUUCUCCAAGCAGCCCGUGCGCAACAAGCACCCCACGGGGUGGAAGAGGACAGACGAGCCCCCGCCACGGCCACUCCCCUUCACUGACCCAAAGAAACAGGUGGACAGCAGCACGAAAAACGUCUUCGGGCAGCCGAGGUUGAGGGCCUCCCUCCGAGACCUCCGCUCCCCACGGAAAAACUACAAGUCCACCAUCGAAGAUGACCUAAAGAAGCUCAUCAUCAUGGACAACCUGGCGCCCGAGCAGGAGAGAGAAACCGGCCAGUCGCCACAGAAGAGCCUGCAGCGGACGCUGUCAGAUGAGAGUCUGUGCAGUGGGCGUCGGGAGCCCAGCUUCGCCAACCCUGCCGGCCUGGAGCCGGGCCUGCCCAGCGACGUGCUCUUCACCAGCACCUGCACCUUCCCCUCCAGCACGCUGCCCACCCGCCGCCAACACCAGCACCCCCACCCGCCUGGCGGCCCUGGCCCCGUCCCCACCACCGCCGGCAACAGCUUCCCCGAGAAGAAAUCCACCAUCUCAGCCUCUGAGCUCUCACUGGCCGACGGGCGGGACCGGCCGCUGCGGCGUCUGGACCCAGGAAUGAUGCCACUCCCCGACACGGCUGCUGGCCUCGAGUGGUCCAGCCUGGUGAACGCAGCCAAGGCCUAUGAAGUGCAAAGAGCUGUGUCGCUCUUUUCUCUCAACGACCCAGCUCUGAGCCCGGACGUCCCGCCUGCACACAGCCCUGUCCACAGUCACCUGAGCCUGGAAAGGGGGCCCCCGACCCCCAGGACCACCCCAACCAUGAGCGAGGAGCCGCCCCUGGAUCUGACAGGCAAGGUGUACCAGCUGGAGGUGAUGCUGAAACAGCUGCACACGGACCUCCAGAAGGAGAAGCAGGACAAGGCAGUGCUGCAGUCAGAGGUGGCCAGCCUGAGGCAGAACAACCAGCGGCUGCAGGAGGAGUCGCAGGCCGCCAGCGAGCAGCUGCGCAAGUUCGCGGAGAUCUUCUGCAGGGAAAAGAAGGAACUCUGAGGUGGAGAGGCCACCACCCCCACCGGCCGCCUGGGUGGACAUGGGCUCCUGCCCUCCUCUCCCUCGGCCCGGCCCCUGGUCGCAGGCGUGACCAAGAUACUCAGCCCAGGCCCCACCACCCUUUCAAGGACACGGACGCUUGGGGCAGCAGUGGGACCUGAGGGAGGCCUCCCCCAGCUGUCUACUCUUGGUUCUCGAGCCCCAGAGGGCAAUGUGGUCUCCGGCCUCCCUCUGAGCUGCUCUCUCUGGUUCCUGGGGGCUGGGCCCGUGCCCACACCACCCCCAGGGGGCCCGUCCCACUCUCCUCACCCAACCUCUUCCUAGGACCAAGCCAUUGGAAGCUGUAGGAAGGGGGGGAGGGCAGGAGUGAGUCUCCAAACCCCACAGCUCCAGGAGUUCACAAACCAGGUUUCCUCACCACAUCCAACAGUAUCUGGGGUGGUGGGGCCUUGACCCCUGCAUGAAAAAUCAUGGUGGGAAACCGGCCAAGCGGCGUGGAAGCAGGGCCAGGGCUCUCCAUCCUGGGUGCACUGGCUCCAAAAAGCAUGAACUUUGCCCCCUCCCCACCCUAUCCUCCAAAAGGCAACCAGGAGCACUUUCUCAGAGUUUGAUUUAUUUUCUUGAGGGGAGGGCAUCCCAGGAUGGAAAGAGGAAACGCCGGCAUUCCAGAGUUAACUUCUUUGAAGGGGAAGCUAUUUGCACACUUGGGACCAUUUCCACAGUCUUUUUCGACCAGUCCCCAGACUGCCAGAGGCCGCGGUGCCUGGGCCCCUCCACCUUCGAGCUACUGACGCGGCCAGGCCCAGCGGCCUACCUCUCCUCCUCCAUCAGCCCCGGCCUCUUCUGGACACCAGGAGGGCCUCCACCGAGGCCUCAGGUCAGGGCUGGAGAGAAACAGCUUUCAUCUCCUCUCUGCUUCUGUUUUCCCUUUACAAGACCCCCAGCCCAUCUUGCAGGUCCCCCAGCAGCGACAUUGGACCCCCCUAGGGAACACUGCAGUGCGCACCCCCAUUAGGCGCUGGUUCUCCAAAGGCAAUAAGGGGCAGCUGGCCGGGCAGCCGAGCCAGUGUGGUACUACGCUGUUCACCCAGGAAACAGAGCUUCUUUUUUUUUUUCCUUUAAAAACAAAAUAUAUAUAUAUAUAUAUAUUUAUUUUUUCAUGUAGAGUUGCGCCAGAACAAGUCUGUAUGGUCACACAAUCUGUGGAUUCCCCCAACCUCAAACUGAGGACCGAGGCUUGUUCCCCGCUCCCAGUGGGCUGGGGCUCAGCUGGGGGGACUCAGAGGGACAAAAGCUGAGCAGGCCUGGGGACCCUGCUCCAAGCAGCACACUCCGACUGGGAGGCCAGCGCUCGGCGUCCCAGCCCCACGUCCAGAGAUCCCCACCACCUUCUCUCUGGGGCCAGAAACCUCAGGGGAGGAGGCCCACACAGGACACAGACUUUUAAGGAGCAGGAGAAAAGGACCCUGGUCCCUGAAGCGACACUGCAGUCCCACAAGAAGAGCCCUCGGACCUGCCAUCUCCUCUUCCCCAGGAAGGGAGGGGGGGCGGCCCUUGGGGUCCUCAGCCCUGGCCAACUACUGUGAUGUCUCUGCCCCUCUUCCCGGAUCCCUUCUUGGAAGGGUUCUCCAGGACCACCCACCCCACCCCCACCCCUUUCCUCCUCAGACCCUAACCUGGAGCCUGCCCCGCCCCCACCCUCUUUUUUUAAGUCAUCUCCUACCUUCAGAUCAUUUGAAUCAUCUUGGGGACCUAAUCAUGUACAUUAACACGUGUAAAUUAGGAUUUUUGGUUUUGUUUCCUGUUGUUUUUUAAGGAUCUCUGCAAAGCACAUCUAUUUAAUUCAAGUUUGGUGAAGAUAGCAGAAGGGUUUUUUGUGUUUUUUUUUCCCCUCUCUUUUCCCCCCAGUAUGUUGAUUUGUUUCAUCUGGAUUUUUUUUUUUUUUUAGUUCUUUAUUGUCUUUCCCUCCCCACCUCCCCUCCCCAUCCCAGUCUUGAGAUUUUCUGGCAUGUUUCUGGAGGUUUCAAAGGAAAUAAAUGUUUCAUAGAAGUGGCUUGUGUGUUCACUAGCUGAGCACCCCCGCAGAGUCCCUGACAAGAGGGGAUGAUCCAGCAUCAGCCUCCUGUCCCCCUCAUCCCAAACACCAUCACCCCCAGUGCGUGCACACCUCUAAGAACCCAGGAGCACCAUUCUCACCAACUUCUCUUUCUCAAAACCCUAGCAACAGAAAUCCAACACAGAAUGUAAGAAACGUGAAAAGCACAAAGUAUAACCCCUGGACUGCCAGGGGAUUCCUUCAAAUGUAAGAAAUUCUUAAAAAGAGGGAGGUUCUACCCUCACAAGUCAUAUACCGGAGGCCCGAAAUCCAGACCUGGGGUUUCCCUGGUGGUCCAGUGGUUAAGAAUCCACCUUAUGAUUCAAGGGACGCAAGGUCAAUCCCUGGUCCGGGAAGAUCCCACAUGCCUCGGAGCAGCUAAGCCCACACGCCUCGUCUACUGAGACUGCGCUUUGGAGCCCAGGAGCCUCAACUACCAGGCACUGCAACAAGGGAAGACACUGCAGGGAGAAGUCUGCACACCACAACAAGAGAGGAGCCCCCGCUCUUCACAACCAGAGAAAGCCCAAGCGCAGCAACGAAGACUGACCCAGCGCAGCCAGAAGUAAAUGCGUUGAGACAGAAAAAUGAAUUUUUUUUUGAAAUAACGAUCAGCUUGAUCUCAGCUGGCCUUGACCUGCAGUGGCUUGAAGCAAGAUUUCUGUUCCUGGUCAGAGAUUGAGGUCGGGCCACAGCAGUGAGAGCACUGAAUCCUAACCACUAGACCAUCCGGGACAGUGGCCGGUGAAGGCCCUGGCCCGUCAGUUGUGUAGAAAUGGGUUUCCACAUAGAAACGGAAAUUACCGAAAUAAGUGUCCAUUAGGAGGGAAAAAGAGUACAGUCUGUGUGGAUUAGACAUAUGGGUGGGCUCAGAGAAAGUCACGCCCUCCUGGUAGUUUGAAUCACUUUUACGGGGCAUUUCUUCAGGGUUUCCUUUGGCCAGUCAUCUUGCAUUGUCUGGUUCGGAGUCCCUCUUUGGUUUAUCCCAGGAUCCUCUCGUGUGCCCAAGCAUCUCUUAGCCAAGAUGGAUUCCAGCAGAGAGGCCUAUGGGUAGGAGUUGACAUCACUUACUAUGAGGUGACUUCCCCUUCCUUUUGACCUCCAAGGAGCCUUUCUGCACAUGUGUAGUGGGGAAAGUCUACUUGACUUGGAGAAUAAAGAAUGUGUGGUCUAUUA